UGUUUUGACGAUUCCCCGCCAUUCUAUCCUAUCGUUUGGCUUUUCCCGCCCAUUGUCUACUCUCUAUCACUUGCUCAUUGUUGAUGCAACAAAUGUCGAUAUUAUUGCUGGCGUUGCCAUCAACACUGAUUUUUAAGAGAUUAACGGUUGAUUUUAUGAACGAGAUUGGUUUUCAGGUUGUAGAUGAUCUCACAGAUUUUCCCUCCCAGCCGUCAUGAAGGAGCAGACCUAUGGCUGGUAUCCUUCUCAGAAGGACGUUUACAAGGAUCGCAGAAUGGGCGCUCCAAAUGCCUACCAAUUAGAGGCUAUGUACAAAUACAGAGACAGUCAAUAUUACACGGCACCGAGACCACCUAGUCCUCGCACUCCCGGGGCUUUCCGACCCUCACCAUCCCCUGCAAAGCGCCCCAUGUCAACCGUAUCGUCACAGUCAAGGGCUACAAAGAAAUCCACCCAUUCUCUGCAAGUUCGGGCCAAGAGCGCCCCAAUUUACGAUUUCAAACCUGUGCCACGCCUUCAGAUUCCUACUCCCCACCAGUGCUGGGCCAUGGCUACUGAAGAAACAAACUACACAAACUUCACUCCCCAGCCACCUGCCUCUCCCGUACCCUACUCCUGGCCCACUCCACAGCCAGCCUCUCCCUCGCCAUCCUUCAAGUCUGAGGAUCUAAGCAAGUACAGCUCUCGUAGCGACAGAAUCAAAAGUGCUGUGAUACGGCGUGACAAACCUACCGCACCACAACGUCCGGUCAAAUCCGCGGGACCCUCCCGGGACGCAACAUAUAGGACCCCAUCACCCAGUAAGAUCCUUAGACCAAAGACCCCGUCCCCUGUAGACUUGUAUGAUCUAGUGCCGGAGGAGGAAGAGGAGAUCAAACCUACAGAAGAGGUUUAUGACGAAAACUUGAAAAAGUUUGGUUGGAGAAUGGAAGUCCACGGGGAUCCUUAUAACAUAAAACCGACCACCAAGAGGUUGCCGUAUUACGUUCGUUGUGAAGAGCCAGAAAUAGAACCCGAGGGUCCCAAGGUACACAUGGAAAAUCUGGAGACCUUCUUCCUUAACACGAUUCCUCGCAGACCGGCGACAUUUGCCAUACACAAAGAGUGGGUAUCCGAAACCAUCCACGCCAAGCGCAUGGAACUACAGAAGAGGGAGGGGAUCAAACAUAGGUGGAAAAAUUUCGCUUUCGUUUAUUAACAACUUUUUCCGCUUUAAUUUUUAUAUACCUCAGCGACUAAGAUGACAUUUUAUCAAUCUACAGAAAUAAAUAAAUAAAUCUUCCAAUUUCGGAAAGCGAGGAUUUCUGAACAGGGGAGGAAAGAAGGGCGGAUCAAGGUGUCCUCUUGUCUUGGCCAUUUUUUGGUCCGUAGGAUACUAAUUUUCGAGUUUUACUAUUUUGUUGUGGACAGUUAGAAAUAGAUAGGAUGAACAGGAGAAGAUUUAUGCACAGGGUUUCGAGCUCGAAUCACUGCCUGGCAUUGUUCUUCAUUAAGACUGUGAUCAGCUACACUAUGUGUAGUUACCUCUAAAGCAUUGACGUCUUUCAUAGAUAUAUUUAACCAUUUGAAAUGAUUUCUUUACAGAAAAAAUUAAUUAUAUUUGUUAUAGUUUUAUUAUUUUAAUUUUCAUCUUUGUGUGUAUAUGUGCGUAUAUUUUCUAUU